GCUUUUCUUUCCUCAUCCAUGUAUAAAAAAACCAUUAUCCUUGCACAAACAAGAACUCUUUUCAGAUAUACACAUUAGAGAAUAGAGAUUAUUAACAAAACAAAAAAUCAUACUCAAAAUUCAAUCAAAGAUAUGGAAUUUUUACACAAGCUGUGGGAUGAAACAUUGGCCGGUCCUACGCCGGAAUAUGGUAGUGUCGGGAAGUUGAGAAACCAUAUAUCUGGUGAAAAUGGCCACCGGAAGUUGCUUGUCAGUCUAGGUUGUGUCCCGGAUAACGGGUCAAGCAAUCUAGCUUCUCCUUUGACCCCUGGAACACCAAAUGAAACGCAUGCUACAAGUCUCAAUGCUUGCGACUGGAUUGUGCUAAACGAAUUGGACCGUUGAAAAAGAACAAAGAAUAUGAGAAGGAUCUGAACUGAAAUUACUUUUGCUGUUUACGUAAAUGGUAUGUAUAUGCUAUGUACGUAAUGGUCACUUUUGGUAUUUUUUAGAAAUUUUAAAUUUCUCCUCACGGUUUUUUUUUUCACAAUCUACAGUA